AUGACCCGGCGGAUUUCACAGAGACAUCUCACACAUGGACAAACUCUCCCGAAGCUAACUGUAAUCCCAUUGCCAUCAAACCUGGGGGUUGAUAGAUGCAGACGAUGCAUGGCAGAGGAUCUGAUUCCCCUGGAGAUGUCGCUUCGUGAAGGGCAGGCCAAUGAUGCCCUUCACAAUCUCUACAUUUACCUUUGCAACAAGGCCAUCCUGUUCCGAACAACCGUUAGGCAGGCCAAUUCCCAGGCCCUGAAAACUCGAGCUUGGUCCCAGGUGACGUCAGUGCAGCAGGCAGUCUCCCUCCAUGCCAGCAUAUAUACAAAGACAAGGAAGCAAAUGAUGAAACUUGAGCCGGGGCAAGACCAGCUUCAGAAAUACAAACCCCUGCUUCACGAGCAACUCAAAAUCAGCACUGCAGUGGGCGACCCAAAUGCCCGAGGUCAACGAAAUGAAUCUUUGGCUUGGUUUUGGUCUGUUGAAGUCGACCUCGGGGGUCCUGAUCAAUCGUGGAAUGAAGAAUUUUACCGAGUCCAUUGGCUGAGGGCAAAGGCACUACGGGAUCGAUGGAGGGAAGAAAUGCUAUUGGUCACAUUGGAGAUGGAUUGGACAUGUAAGUUCUUUUUGUGGAAAACAACCAUAUGGGGCGAGCACAUGCAGGAAUCAUUGGAGAAACGACUUCCGGGUCACGGAUGCUACGCCAGGAAGGCAAUCCCACAUGUAUUCAUUGCUGGCACAGGAUGCGCAGGCAGCUUUUCAAGACCUACAAAACGUGUUGAUAGAGGCUGGAGAUGA